UCCUGCCAUAAUGUAGCUGCUAAUUACUGGCAAGGAGGCUGUAUUCCAAAGCGCAUGUGACCAGCUGGGCAUGACCAGAAAGAAGUGUGCGGAAGAGUGGGCUGAGGGGCUCCACUAGAGACUGUUCAUCUGGAUUCCCUGCCUCCCGGGGAGCCCAAGAGAACAAAGAAAGUGGGCACAAGGAGUAUGGUUCUAAUGUGAUUAGGGUCAUGAAGACGCCGCUGUGGGGCUUGGCUUUGUGGUCACUGCUCUUCCAGCCGGGGUGGCUGUUUUGGAGUUCCCGGGUGAGCCAGAACUGCCAAAAUGGCAGCUACGAAAUCAGCGUCCUGAUGAUGAACAACUCAGCUUUUGCAGAGCCCCUGGAAAACUUGAAAGAGGCGGUGAAUGAGGGGCUGGACAUAGUGAGAGAACGUCUGGAACGCGCUGGCCUAAAUGUGACUGUGAACGCUUCUUUCAUGUAUUCGGAUGGUCUGAUUCAUAAGUCAGGAGACUGCCGGAGCAGCACCUGUGAAGGCCUCGACCUGCUCAGGACAAUUUCAAGUGAAAAACGGAUGGGCUGUGUCCUCAUGGGGCCCUCAUGUACAUAUUCCACCUUCCAGAUGUACCUUGACACAGAAUUGAGCUACCCCAUGAUCUCAGCUGGAAGUUUUGGAUUGUCAUGUGACUACAAAGAAACCUUAACCAGGCUGAUGACUCCAGCUAGAAAGUUGAUGUACUUCUUGGUUAACUUUUGGAAAAUCAAUGAUUUACCCUUCAAAACUUAUUCCUGGAGUACUUCUUAUGUUUACAAGAAUGGUACCGAGUCUGAGGACUGUUUCUGGUACCUCAAUGCUCUGGAGGCCAGCGUUUCCUAUUUUUCCCAGGAACUUAGCUUUAAGGUGGUGUUGAGACAAGAUGAGGACUUUCACAAUAUCUUGAUGGACCACAACAGGAAAAGCAAUGUGAUUCUUAUGUGUGGUGGCCCAGACUUCCUCAACAGGCUGAAGGGUGACCGAGCAGUGCCUGAAGACGUUGUCAUUAUUCUAGUGGAUCUUUUCAAUGACCAGUACUUCGAGGACAAUGUCAUAGCCCCUGACUAUAUGAAAAAUGUCCUUGUUCUGACACUGUCUACUGGAAAUUCCCUCCUAAAUAUCUCUCUCUCCAAGAAUCUAUCACCAACAAAACGAGACUUUGCUCUUGCCUAUUUGAAUGGAAUCCUGCUCUUUGGACACAUGCUGCAGAUAUUUCUUGAAAAGGGAGACAAUAUUACCACCCCUGAAUUUGCUCAUGCUUUCAGGAACCUCACUUUUCAAGGGUAUAAAGGUUCAGUGACCUUGGACAAUGUUGGGGAUGUGGACAGUACCAUGGUGCUUCUGUAUACUUCUGUGGACACCAAGCAAUACAAGGUGCUUUUGACCUAUGAUACCCAUGAAAAUCAGACCUACCCUAAGGAUAUGAGCCCCACAUUCACCUGGAAGAACUCUAAACUUCCUAAUGAUAUUCCAGGCCGGGGCCCUCAGAUCCUGAUGAUUGCAGUCUUCACCCUCACUGGAGCCGUGGUGCUGCUCCUGUUCAUUGCUCUUCUGAUGCUCAGAAAAUAUAAAAAAGAUUAUGAACGUCGUCAGAAAAAAUGGUCCCACAUUCCUCCUGAAAAUAUCUUUCCUCUGGAGACCAAUGAGACCAAUCAAGUUAGCCUGAAGAUUGAUGAUGACAAAAGACGAGAUACAAUCCAGAGACUACGACAGUGCAAAUACGACAAAAAGCGAGUGAUUCUCAAAGAUCUCAAGCACAAUGAUGGUAAUUUCACUGAAAAACAGAAGAUAGAAUUGAACAAGUUGCUUCAGAUUGACUAUUACAACCUGACCAAGUUCUACGGUACAGUGAAGCUUGAUACCAUGAUCUUCGGGGUGAUCGAAUACUGUGAGAGAGGAUCCCUCCGGGAAGUUUUAAAUGACACAAUUUCCUACCCUGAUGGUACAUUCAUGGAUUGGGAGUUUAAGAUCUCUGUCUUGUAUGACAUUGCUAAGGGAAUGUCAUAUCUGCACUCCAGUAAGACAGAAGUCCAUGGUCGUCUGAAAUCUACCAACUGCGUAGUGGACAGUAGAAUGGUGGUGAAGAUCACCGAUUUUGGCUGCAAUUCCAUUUUACCUCCAAAAAAAGACCUGUGGACAGCUCCAGAGCACCUCCGCCAAGCAAACAUCUCUCAGAAAGGAGACGUAUACAGCUAUGGAAUCAUCGCACAGGAGAUCAUCCUGCGGAAAGAAACCUUCUACACUUUGAGCUGUCGGGACCCAAAUGAGAAGAUUUUCAGAGUGGAAAAUUCCAACGGAAUGAAACCCUUCCGCCCAGAUUUAUUCUUGGAAACAGCAGAGGAAAAAGAGCUAGAAGUGUAUCUACUUGUAAAAAAUUGUUGGGAGGAAGAUCCAGAAAAGAGACCAGAUUUCAAAAAAAUUGAGACUACACUUGCCAAGAUAUUUGGGCUUUUUCAUGACCAAAAAAAUGAAAGCUAUAUGGAUACCUUGAUCCGACGUCUGCAGCUAUAUUCUCGAAACCUGGAGCAUCUGGUAGAGGAAAGGACACAGCUAUACAAGGCAGAGAGGGACAGGGCUGACAGACUUAACUUCAUGUUGCUUCCAAGGCUAGUUGUAAAGUCUCUGAAGGAGAAAGGCAUUGUGGAGCCAGAACUAUAUGAGGAAGUUACAAUCUACUUUAGUGAUAUUGUAGGUUUCACUACUAUCUGCAAAUACAGCACACCCAUGGAAGUGGUGGACAUGCUUAAUGACAUCUAUAAGAGUUUUGACCACAUUGUUGAUCAUCAUGAUGUCUACAAGGUGGAAACCAUUGGUGAUGCCUACAUGGUGGCUAGUGGUUUGCCUAAGAGAAAUGGCAAUCGGCAUGCAAUAGACAUUGCCAAGAUGGCCUUGGAAAUCCUCAGCUUCAUGGGGACCUUUGAGCUGGAGCAUCUUCCUGGUCUCCCAAUAUGGAUUCGCAUUGGAGUUCACUCUGGUCCCUGCGCUGCUGGAGUCGUGGGAAUCAAGAUGCCUCGUUACUGCCUAUUUGGAGAUACAGUCAACACAGCCUCUAGGAUGGAAUCCACUGGCCUCCCCUUGAGAAUUCACGUAAGUGGCUCCACUAUAGCCAUCCUGAAGAGAACUGAGUGCCAGUUCCUGUAUGAAGUGAGAGGAGAAACGUACUUAAAGGGAAGAGGAAAUGAGACUACCUACUGGCUGACUGGGAUGAAGGACCAGAAAUUCAACCUGCCAACCCCUCCUACUGUGGAGAAUCAACAGCGUUUGCAAGCAGAAUUUUCAGACAUGAUUGCCAACUCCUUACAGAAAAGACAAGCAGCAGGGAUAAGAAGCCAAAAACCAAGACGGGUAGCCAGCUAUAAAAAAGGCACUCUGGAAUACUUGCAACUGAAUACCACAGAUAAGGAGAGCACCUAUUUUUAAACCGAAAUGAGGUGUAAGGACUCACAAAAUUAAAACACAGUUGCACUGAGGCAAUGGCCUCAAGUGUCCUGAAUGCCUGCAUUUUCCAGAGACCUCAAUGAAGCAGAAAUGUACUUAAGCUUGGCUGCCUUGUCUGGAACAUAGACUUUCUUGCCUGAAUCACAUGUGUGUUCUCAGUGAAAUAACUAACUACCUUCCACUCUGGAUCCUUAUUCCAGCAGUUGUUCCAGGAAGCUUCUAACUAGAAAAGAAAAGAAAUGAAUAGACUGUCUAGAACUUGAGAAGAUUUUAUUCUUAUUUCAUUUAUUUUUUGUUUGUUUGUUUUUAUUUUGUUGUUUACUGGCUCUUUUUCCUUCUGUAUUCAUAAGAUUUUUUAAAUUGUCAUAAUUAUAUUUUAAAUACCUUAUCUUCAUUAAAGUAUAUUUAACUCAUAAUUUUUGCAGAAAGUAUGCUAUAUAUUAGGCAAGAAUAAAAGCUAAAGGUUUGCCAAG